AUGGAUGAUCCAGGUGAUCCUGUGACUGCCCCUCUCGCCGCGUGUGUGCCCCUCCUUCCCUUCCAUGCCCCUCUCUCCCUCCCAUGCUCUUCUCUCCCCUCUAUGCCCCUCUCUCCCCUCCAUGCCCCUCCCUCCCCUCCAUACGCCUCACUUUCGCCCAUGCCCCUCUCGCCUCCCAUGCCCCUCUCUCCCCUCCCUCACCCCGCGUUCCCCUCCCACUCCCCUCGUUCCCUCUGUGCAGCCUCCUUGGGACAGAGGAGUGGGCGAUGCAUGCAUGAUUCACUACACCUAUGGCUGUGGCUACGACCUCCCAGCUGUCAGCUGUGGCUGUCAGCCUGCGACCAUGACCUCCCAUCCCAUGCCGCGCUUAUGCAUCCCUGCCCCCCAUGCCUUCUCCCCCCAUGCAGCCUCCCUGGGACAGAGCAAGCAGUAGGCAAUGCAUACAUGAUUCACCACACCCAUGGCUGCGACUAUGACCCCAAUGCCCCUCUCCCCUCCCACUCUACCUCAUUGCCCUACACCUAUCUCAUUACCCUCUCCCAUGCCAUGCCUCCCUCCAUGCAGCCUCCUUGGGACAGAUCAGUAGGCGACGCAUACAUGAUUCACUACACCUAUGGCUGUGACUACGACCUCAAUGGAAAUCACCUGCCAGGCAAGGUGGGGCCAUGGCACUUUGACAAGAGAGACCACCAGACAGCCAUUCCUCGCAACAUCUCCUACCCACCCGCCGGCUCUGCUCCCUCUGUGUUUGAGCUUAUCCGCCGGUUAAACGAUGCGACGUGGUCGCUCAAGUGGGUUGUCGGGGCAGCGUGA